AUGUCGGUGAUGGAAGAGGAUGAGCCAAUGGGUGAGUUUCGUGGCGAGUCGGAGCCUGACCAGCGGAAAUCUGGAACUCCGAGGCUAUACAUCAAAGAGCUUAUUAUGAGAAACUUCAAAUCGUAUGCCGGUGAACAACGUGUCGGACCUUUCCACAAGUGUUUCUCUGCCGUGGUUGGACCUAAUGGGAGUGGAAAAAGCAAUGUGAUAGAUGCAAUGCUGUUUGUAUUUGGGAAAAGAGCUAAGCAGAUGCGGCUCAACAAAGUUUCAGAACUAAUUCACAACUCAACCAAUCACCAGAACUUGGAUAGUGCUGGAGUUUCUGUACAGUUUGAAGAGAUUAUCGAUUUGGAAGAUGGCUCGUACGAAACUGUUCCUGGAAGUGAUUUCAUGAUUACUCGUGUUGCAUUCCGAGAUAAUUCUUCCAAGUAUUAUAUCAAUGAAAGGUCGAGUAAUUUCACUGAAGUUACCAAAAAAUUAAAGGGGAAAGGAGUAGAUCUCGACAACAAUCGUUUCUUGAUUCUUCAGGGGGAGGUAGAACAGAUAUCACUCAUGAAGCCGAAAGCACAAGGUCCCCAUGACGAAGGUUUUCUUGAAUAUCUCGAGGAUAUUAUUGGAACAAAUAAAUACGUGGAGAAGAUAGAUGAAUUAAAUAAGCAGCUUGAAACCCUCAAUGAUAAGCGGUCUGGAGUUGUACAAAUGGUGAAACUAGCUGAGAAAGAAAGAGACAACUUAGAGGGUGUGAAGGAUGAGGCGGAGACUUACAUGCUGAAAGAGCUAUCAUAUCUUAAAUGGCAAGAAAAGGCUACAAAAAUGGCAUAUGAGGAUACCUUAGCUAAAAUUACUGAACAGAAAGAGUGCUUACAGAGUUUGGAAAGUAGUCUAAAAAAUGAGCGAGAGAAGAUGGAUGAGAGUAAUAAAGAGUUGAAGGAACUAGAUUCUGUGCAUGAGAAACAUAAGAAGAGACAAGAGGUUCUUGAUAAUGAACUUAAAGACUGUAAGGAGAAGUUCAAAGAGUUUGAAAGGCAGGAUGUAAAGCAUAGAGAGGAUUUGAAGCAUAUGAAGCAAAAAAUAAAGAAACUCGAGGAUAAACUUGAAAAGGAUUCAUCCAAAAUCAGUGAUUUAACGAAGGAGUGUGAAGACUCGAGAAAUCUAAUACCUAAACUUCAGGAAAAUAUACCAAAGCUUCAGAAAGUCUUGGUAGAAGAGGAGAAGGCAUUGGAGGAAAUCAAAGAGAAAGCUAAAGUUGAAACUGAAGGUUACCGGUCUGAGCUUACAAAAAUUCGUGCUGAAUUAGAACCUUGGGAAAAAGAUCUAAUUGUGCACAGGGGAAAGCUUGAUGUUGCAUCAUCUGAAAGUGAACUCUUGAGCAAGAAGCACGAAGCUGCUCUGAAAGCCUUCACAGAUGCUCAGAAACAGCUCUCUGAUAUAUCAACGAGAAAAGAAGAAAAAGCUGCAGCAACUACCUCUAUGAAAGCUGAUAUAAAGAAGAAGAAACUUGAAGCAAUGGAAGCUCGGAAAGUGGAGGAGGAAUCACUUAGAGAACAAGAAGCACUUAUUCCACAAGAGCAGGCAGCCAGAGAAAAAGUUGCUGAGCUAAAGUCAGCAAUGAAUUCUGAGCAGAGUCAGGGUGAUGUUUUGAGGGCAGUUUUACGAGCGAAGGAGAACAAUCAAAUUGAAGGAAUAUAUGGUAGGAUGGGGGACUUAGGUGCCAUUGAUGCAAAAUACGAUGUUGCUGUAUCAACUGCUUGCGGUGGCCUUGAUUACAUUGUUGUGGAAACAACUUCUGCAGCACAGGCAUGUGUUGAGCUGCUGCGGAAGGGGAAUCUUGGCGUUGCAACGUUUAUGAUAUUGGAGAAACAAACCAACCAUUUACAAAGAUUGAAGGAGAAAGUGAAGACACCUGAGGAUGUUCCGCGCCUCUUUGAUCUGAUCAGAGUUAAGGAUGAAAGGAUGAAACUUGCAUUCUAUGCAGCCUUGGGAAACACUGUUGUGGCGAAGGAUCUUGAGCAGGCAACACGUAUUGCAUAUGGUGGGAACACAGAAUUUCGAAGAGUUGUGACUCUUGAAGGCGCUCUCUUUGAAAAAUCUGGUACCAUGAGUGGAGGGGGAGGCAAGCCACGCGGCGGAAGAAUGGGAUCCUCAAUUCGAGCCACUGGUGUGUCUGGCGAAGUUGUUGCUAAUGCAGAAAAAGAGCUCUCCAGUAUUGUUGACAUGUUAAACAACAUCCGUGAAAAGAUUGGCAAUGCUGUGAGACAAUAUCGAGCUGCAGAAAACGAAGUCUCUCGCCUGGAUAUGGAACUGGCGAAAAGCCAAAGAGAGAUCGAAAGUCUCAACUCAGAGCAUAAUUACCUCGAGAAACAACUAGCAUCCCUGGAAGCUGCUUCUCAGCCAAAGCCGGAUGAGAUAGACAGGAUUAAAGAGCUCAAGAAAAUCAUCUCCAAAGAAGAAAAAGAGAUUGAGAAACUUGAGAAGGGUUCUAAGCAGCUGAAGGAUAAGGUGUGUAGCAUCAGCUUUGGAGCUGCAAGGCGAAGGUUGAGAAGGUUGAGAAGAUUCAGACUGAUAUCGACAAAAAUAGUACAGAGAUCAGUCGGUGCAAUGUUCAAAUAG